UCAGUUUCAAAAGGCUGAGCUCUCGACACCCACGAAAUGUUCUCCGGUUUCUUUUAAAACGGAAAUUAUUCUGGACAUUCCAGAAUCUCUCAGAUCAGGAAAUGAAAUAUUCGUUAUGAGAUUUUGUACAAACGUCGACGAUUAGUAUGAAUUGAUGAUUUGAAAAAAAAAUGGAAAUUCUAUUCAAUAAUUUUUAAUUGUCAUUUGUCCAGUUUUCAAAUUUUUGGUGUUUCACCAUUUCACAAAUGAAAAGUUUACAUUAAUUUGCAUUUUUUCCAGAGAUCACUGAAUCCUGCAAUUUUGUCCCUGAAUAUUUUCCUCUAGUACAUUCUCACGUUUCUAUGGCAACGUUAUCAACAAAAAGUUGUCACCCGAAGAACUCCUCUUCUAGAGUUUCCUUCAUUAGAUACUAAAAAAGUCUUGUAAAGUACUUGAAAAAGGAGUGAUGUGGUGGGGUAACAGUCCUCCUCUCGAUUUACGACGCGAAAUAAACGAAAAUGUUAGCGGAAACUGCCAGAGUCCACUGGAGUUUUUGAUCAUCGGUUCCGGGGACGCGAGACACAUUGUCAAAACUCUGGCUUCGGCGUACAAUUAUGAAAAACGUAGGAUUAACUUUCACGUUAUCGAACCAACCCUCGAGCAGAUUGCUCGGUCAAUUUUACUACUCAACAUCUGCUUGGAAAAAAAUUUAGGAUUGCAAGAGUCGACGAGAUAUUAUUUGGAAGUCUAUGGGAAUACACUUUUGAGACCUGCAACAGCGAAGUAUCUCGCAAAACGAAUUUAUAGGCUGGCUGACAUACCCACUCAGACUUUAAACUGCCCAUGGCUUGAAUUGGACAAACUCAGGCACAGAGAUCGAGACACUAUCGAAGGGAUUUUCAAGUUCUGGAGCCGAGCGAUUUGCGACGGUGUACCAAUAACCGAGUACUGGGAUCGUCGAGUUAGAAAAAAUCUCGGUGUUCGAUACGAUUAUCGAGACGGAGCUUUCGAUUGGGAUUUUAACAUGGUUUUGAAAAGUCGUGAUGUCCCUAAUCUAACGCUUCAAGAGUACAAAUUUUGGAGAAACAAUGGUAUCGCUUUCACUUGGUUUGAGGGUGAGCCAGCGCGUAGCAACCCAACUCUCCUGAGCAAUGUUAUGUCCCACGGAGCUGGAUUUGUCCAUUACGCUUAUACUGAGGACAUCACGAAUGGACCGUUUUUCACUUGGGCACUGGAUGAAGAAAAUAAAAAAAAAAAAUUUCGUGCGACGGACGUUGCAGAGCGUGGGGUGAUGCGAGCGAUCCAUGAAAUUAGAACGAAUGAACCACUCUGCGAAGAUGCAAUAGCGGCCCAUCGUGACUCUUCAAUUUUGAACGGGACUUUGGUCACGGAAAUGCCAGACAUGGAAAUUGAACAUGAAUCUUGGAUCCUGGGGAACAACAUAAGACUGAAUAAAGAAAAUAUCGAUUGGGUCGAUAGACUGGAAUCAAAGGUGAUAUUUCAUCCGGUGUCAAGUCUGAACACUUACAAAAACAAGAGUGACUACGUGGAAAAAUUUGAUGUGAUUUGGAUGGGAAAUAACGUGACAAAGCAUCUGGAAAAUGUGUCAGCAUUAGCUAAAAAAGGUGGGCAUGUAUUGGUAGAGUCGCGCAAAUUUUUGGUAGAUUUGCGUCUCGAAGGGCAAAAGAAAUUCACCGAAGAGUUAAAAAAAUUGGCGUACGAUAAUGGUUUACGAGAAUUGGAUGAAUUCCAUUCGGAAAAGCACACGGUGGCACGAUUCCGUAGAGAAUAACGCGUGCAUUUUCAUCUUGACCUUUUUCUUCAGAUUUUAAGUCCUCUGUGAAAAACGAAAGAUAUUUAAAGGUUUUGAUUAUAAGCUUGUAAUUCGAA